AUGAUUCUUAAACAUUGUACUCGCAUUAAUCAAACAUUAUCACUAUGUUGUUAUUACCAAUGCACAAAGUAUAUUGGCAAAAACCAGAUACGGGAUUUCUCAACGGAAUCAUUAAAAAAUGUCUUGUCAGAUACAGUGAUAAAUAAGAAUUGUACUGAUGAAGAAAUAAAAUGUCUAGGAAAAAGUUCUGUAUAUCGUUUUGUACCAUCUAAACCUAUUUGGAAACGAUUCGAUGUUGGGGUACAGCAUGAAUUAGACGUGAAUGAUAUAUCUGAAACAAAGGAUUGUGCAUCACCUGAUAACCAGGAUAUAUUUUGCAUUGAUCACAGUGCUCUUCCAAAACGAACACAUUUGGAUAUGAAUGUAGUUAAACUACUUGAACAGGUGUCGCUAAUUAAUUUCAAAGAAGAAAAUUUGAGAAUUCUUGAGGAAGCUAUACGCUAUGCUGAUUCAUUGCUAACGAAAGAAGCUUUUCAUGGAACAACUAAUAAUCAGUGUUGGAGUAUAGAUAAUACAGAACCGAUGAUUAGUUUAUGUGAUGAAAUUAAUGUUGGUUUCAAUUGGUUUCUAGAUGAUGACAAUCGUGAUAAUCACAUUGUAUAUAAUUGUAACCUAGCUACUGACAUUAUGCAACAAGUACCUGAUAAAUGGGAAGGUUAUAUUGUUGCUCCAUUGGGUAAUAUUCCAGUAGAGCAAAAUGAAUCUAGUCAAGUUCAAGGAGUGACGGUGUAG